AUGCAAGCCUACCUGCUCUUCGAAUACUAUGCAUUCUACAGCUGCGACGAUGGCCGGUUCUCAACGGCUCUCAAGAUCCACAGGAAGCUUAUUGAUGCUGUCCGACAGUACCAGAUGCUUCAAGAUAGAAUAGCUCUGGGCGUAGACGAAAUCUCCAGCCCGAACGAACCUUCGGUAGCUUCUUCAAUGACCGUGACCGAGCACGCCUGGCGAGUUGCCAUGUACAACGAGUCAAGAAAGCGGUAUGGCCACCUACCAGCGCGGUACCAGCGCGAAAACCUGGCAUCAACUGAAGUAAAACCUCUCGAAUUGAAAUACGAACUUCCGUGUCAAGACGACACAUGGCAAGCUGCCACAGCCGAAACCUGGCAAGCCCUCAUAGUCUCUCAAGAAGGGUCAUUCAACGAAGAAGACGACUAUGAAGCCAAUGGCGACCCACGCCCGGCGCACGGCGAUCUGUAUGCAAGUCUCAUGUACUUGAUGAAUCCCAACCCGCAAGACCGGCCUCUGCGAUUACUCUGGCACUCAUCUUUCGCAUGUCUCAUGCUCAUAACGCAAAUUUUGAUGAUGAUUCGUGACCUCACCCUUGCAAGCUCGUUCUUAUACAACAAUGUGCGGUGUGGUGAGUCCAAGAACAACUUGUCAAUCAUCUCAGAAGCUAGUCGGACCUCGAUCAUGCAAGCUCUGAACGCCUUGUCGGACAUCAUGCGCAAGCCAUCAUUUUCUAGAACAUACCUCCUCAGCAGCUUUUUAGACGAUUCCGAGUCUGUGGAGUCUAGCCUAUGGAGCAAUGUCUGGAUCGUGUGGCAUUAUGCUGCAAUGAAUCUAACCCACCAAGAGGCACUACUCACGAGCGGCAUCGUCGAGUAUAGUCUUCCAUCUGCUGUUUCAACUUGCUGGGAACUUGGUAAACCUCGAGUGAAACAGCAUCGAGAUGUGUACGAAGAUAGAGAUGUCAUCCGUGUUGCUAGUAACCUGCAGAGCAUUCUUGUGCUUCUUUCUCGCGACACUAGACCCAUCGACAUCAACUUUCAGUUACAACCUGAAUUCACCCCCAAAAUAAUCGAAGAUCCCUUCAUCACAAUGAUCGGAUACAAAGCCUGUCUGCUGGGCUGGCGCAUAGUACGUCUAAUGGCUGUUAGCCUACAGACCAGCACGGCCUCGUCCAACAUCCAAACACAAAGCAUCUACUCCAUGUCUGCUCGAGUUGUUCUUACUGGCAUACUAGCUGCCAUAAGCCCCGAGUCUGCAAAUCAGAGAGGUCAGUGGAACCCAACAGCGGCGGUAGAUGAUGCCGAGUCUAGAUACUUAGCAUGGAUGGAGGCAACCUUUUUGGCAAGGAAUGUGUGGCCACCAAGCAAAUGGAUCGUCGCUGUAUUUAAUGAAAGCAGACAUGAGCCUGAGUAA